UGGCCUGCCAUGAAGAGAAGAUGCCUAAUGUGAGUGAUGGAGCCGGACAAACCUAUUGUUUUUGUUUUUGUUUUUAUGCCUGGAAUUGAGGACCAUUCGGUAUCAAUAGUGGAUGGUUUAUCCCCACUUGGAUUUGGAUCUUCCUGGAGACGGACCUUGGACCAUAUUUCGGACGGAAGGAGCCAGCCCUCGCGCUUUCGGUGGAGUCACGCCCCGCACACAACCACCCACGCUCAUUUGGAUCAAUUUUGGAUUGCCAGUUACGAUGCCAGUUUUCUUGGAUGGAACAUACCCUCUGGAGAGGCCGUUCGUCCGUCUUGCCUGCCUGCCUUGCGGUUCUUUUCGGAAUGCCUCUUCUCUGCCCUUCAUUGAUACAGGAUUUUGGAAAGAAAAAAAUUGGACCCUUUUUGGAACCCAGCCCCCGGACGGACUAGGACCCUGGAUUCUGGAUCUUGUCUGCUAUAAUGGAACUCCGCGCCGGAAAGGAAUGCACUGCACUGCCCGCCACAGGAUUGGAACUGGAACGGAACUGGACUGGAAUUGCUGGGACCUCUUACCUGGGCCCUUGUUUUUGAGUUGUUUUUCCUUUCGCUUGUAUAGCCCAGGGUUGAGAGCAUGCACUUGUCACUUGUCACCUGGCCGUUUUGAUGUCUUCUCUUUCUCACGGUUUGGUUUUUGGUCCGAGUACGUAUCAUACAGGUGUUCACGCAUUGGGCUUGUAGGCUUGUAGGCUUGUAGGAGGAGGGCUGGAUGGGAUUGGCAUUCGACACAGCGGGGGCGGGGGAGACUGGUCAGAACAGAUUUCUUUGGACGUUCUUUUCGGUUUCUUUUCUUUUUUAUUUUCUUCAAUUCGCGUUUUAUUUUCUGGAUUUUUAGGUGGAUUUUCUUUCAUCUUUCAUCUUUCAUCGGUCGGGGAGCGCUGCUAUGUAUGGCAUCAUUGGCAUCAUUGGCACGGAGGGGGGGGGGG